UUUAUUUGUUCAUCUUUGGUUCCGCGGUAGGGUUGAAGGAAGCGGGGUAGUACGCCACCUCUCUCUAUCUCUUUCUCUUGUGAAGAAGAAGAUCUCUCUUCUCCUUUCUUCUUCUUCCUCUUCUUCGUGAGCUCUUUCCGUUGCGCAGGAGAAUGGGGGCUUCGCUUCCUCCAAAAGAGGCCAACCUCUUCAAGCUCAUCGUCAAAUCUUAUGAGACGAAGCAGUACAAGAAGGGACUGAAGGCAGCUGAUGCCAUAUUGAAGAAGUUUCCUUCUCAUGGGGAGACUUUAUCGAUGAAAGGAUUGACCCUAAAUUGUAUGGACCGCAAAACUGAAGCAUACGAGCUUGUUCGCCUUGGAGUCAAGAAUGACAUCAAGAGCCAUGUUUGCUGGCAUGUGUUUGGUCUCCUGUACCGGUCCGACAGAGAGUAUAGAGAGGCCAUCAAAUGCUACCGAAAUGCUCUUAGAAUCGAUCCUGAGAACCUUGAAAUACUCAGAGACCUCUCACUCUUGCAGGCACAAAUGCGGGACUUAUCUGGUUUUGUGGAGACCAGGCAGCAGCUUUUGACUUUAAAGCCUAAUCAUCGAAUGAACUGGAUUGGCUUUGCAGUCUCCCAGCAUUUGAACGCAAAUGCUUCUAAAGCUGUUGAGAUUUUGGAAGCGUUUGAAGGCACCCUAGAGGAUGAUUACCCUCCUGAGAACGAGCUAUGUGAACACACUGAAAUGAUUUUAUACAAGGUUUCCUUGCUUGAGGAGAUCGGCGCCUUUGACAAAGCUCUUGAUGAGUUGCGCAAGAAAGAGCCAAAAAUAGUUGAUAAGCUGUCUUACAAAGAACUAGAGGUAUCUCUCUUGUCGAAGCUUGGUCGCCCAGCAGAAGCCGAUAAACUCUACAGGGUUCUGCUUUCCAUGAACCCUGACAAUUACAGAUAUUAUGAAGGCCUCCAAAAAUGUUUUGGUUUGUAUUCGGAAAGUGGACAAUAUUCGUCUGACAAGAUUGAGAAGUUAAAUGCCUUGUAUCAGUCUCUAAGCGAGCAGUACACUAGGUCAUCCGCUGUUAAGAGGAUACCAUUGGAUUUUCUGCAAGAUGAAAGCUUUAAGGAGGCUGUGGCGAAGUACAUUAAACCUCUACUGACAAAGGGUGUUCCUUCAUUAUUUUCUGAUCUCUCUUCUCUGUAUGAUCACCCUCGCAAGCCUGAUAUAUUGGAGCAAGUAGUUGUUGAGAUGGAGCAUUCAAUUAGGACUACUGGAAGUUACCCUGGAAGUGGUGUGAAAGAGCCCCCGUCAACUCUAUUGUGGACAUUGUUUUUCUUGGCCCAGCAUUAUGACAAGCGUGGUCAAUAUGAUGUCGCCCUUGGUAAAAUUGACGAGGCAAUUGCUCAUACGCCGACAGUUAUUGAUCUGUACUCUGUCAAGAGCCGAAUAAUGAAACAUGCAGGAGACUUGACUGCCGCUGCCGCACUUGCCGAUGAAGCUAGAUGCAUGGACUUAGCAGAUCGCUAUAUAAACAGUGAAUGCGUUAAGCGUAUGCUGCAAGCGGAUCAGGUGACCUUGGCUGAGAAAACUGCUGUUUUGUUUACAAAAGAGGGGGAUCAGAUCAACAAUCUUCAUGACAUGCAGUGCAUGUGGUAUGAUCUUGCGUCUGGAGAUAGCUACUUCCGUCAGGGUGAUCUUGGGCGUGCCCUGAAGAGGUUUUUGGCUGUGGAGAAGCACUACACUGACAUUUCUGAAGAUCAGUUUGAUUUCCACUCGUACUGUCUAAGAAAAAUGACUUUGCGUUCAUAUGUUGACAUGCUGAAGUUCCAAGACCGAUUACACUCAUUCCCAUAUUUCCACAAAGCAGCAAUCAGAGCUAUCAGGUGCUAUCUGAAAUUGCAUGAUUCUCCCAAAUCAACUGCUGAAGAAGAUGGAAUGUCAAAGAUGGCUCCUGCUCAGAAGAAGAAAAUGAAGAAGCAGAAAAAGGCAGAAGAACGAGCAAAGAAAGAAGCUGAGAGUAAGAGUGAAGAAUCAACUGCCAGUGGUGUCUCUAAGUCUGGCAAAAAAAAUGUGAAGCCUGUAGAUCCAGAUCCUCAUGGGCAAAAGUUAAUUCAGGUGGAAGAGCCAAUGGCAGAGGCUUCAAAGUACUUGAGACUUCUCCAGAAGCAUUCACCUAAUUCUUUGGAGACUCAUCUAGUCUCUUUUGAGGUUAACAUGAGAAAACAAAAGUUUCUGCUUGCUUUCCAGGCUGUCAAGCAAAUGCUUAAAUUGGAUGCGGAGAACCCUGAUUCACAUCGUUCCCUGAUUAAAUUCUUUCUCAAGACAGAAUCGACAAGUGCUCCAACGACCGAAGCUGAGAAACUUCGUUGGAGUGUACUUGAGGCUGAGCGCCCAUCAAUCAGUCAAUUGCAGAAUAAAUCGCUAGUGGAGGUAAACGAAGACUUUCUUGGUAGACACAAAGAUUCUUUGGUGCACAGAGCUGCGUACGCCGAAAUGCUGUACCUGUUAGAUCCGAGCAAGAAAACCGAGGCUAUCAAAAUAAUUGAAGACUCAACCAGUAAAGUGGUUCAAACAAAUGGAGCUCAAAUAGAGUGGAAACUCAAAGACUGUAUAGCAGUUCAUAAGCUUCUAGACACAGUUCUCCUUGACUCAGAAGCUGCCUCCAGAUGGAAAUCACGCUGCGCCGAGUAUUUUCCCUGUUCUACUUACUUUGAAGGCAAGCGCAGCUCUGUGAUGCCUGAUUCGGUUUACAACUCGUCUCGCAAGAGCAAUGAGAAUGGCGACACACCAAACCAUCCAAUGGGUCAGACUGAAUUGGGCGAUGGACAAGUCGAAGCAUUCAAGAGCCUCUCCGUCUCAACCUGAAGAAGCUCCUUUUUAAUCAAAAGACGGACGUUCCCUAGUUGCAGACAUGGAUCAAACUUGAGAUUUUAGUGAAUCUUUGGCAGAGGUGUGUGGAUCAAAAGAUGCCAAAUGUGUAUAAUUGUUUUUCUAUAUAAAGGCUGGGUUUCAAGUUUGAUGAACAAUGACAGAAAGCAAAGGGUCUUUUGUCUCUUUUUCCUUUUUACUUCCCUCACGACACUUUACGAGGAUGUUUCGAGCUUUUCUUUUUGAUGUUGUACCCUUUUAGCUCCUUUAUUUUCCCAUUACAUUACCUGUUUUAUGUAUACUUGUUGACCUUCUUUGGGAAAAUUUUGAUUUGAAGAACCUUUUCUU